AUGUCACCCUCAGUAACAACCAGUCAAUUUGGCAGCCAGACAAACGGAUAUUCAAAUGGUUUCACCAAUGGCCAUCAUGAAAAAGGGUUGGAUUUAACGGUGCUUGGACUAAAUUCCGGCACGUCGAUGGAUGGUAUUGAUUGCGCAUUAUGCCGGUUUAGACAAGAGUCACCUGAGUCGCCAAUGCAUUUCGAGCUGCUUGCAUAUGAUGAAGUACCGCUGGAGCCCAAGAUCAAAAAACGCGUUAUGGAAAUGAUCUUGCAUAACAGAACAACUCCCGAAGAGUUGUCGGAGGUCAAUGUCCUGCUGGGCGAGACCUUCGCUGCGGCUGUGAAGGAGUUCUCUCAUAAACAAGGUGUCCCUCUGGAGAAGAUCGAUGCAUUGGGAUCGCACGGCCAGACAAUCUGGCUGCUAAGCAUGCCAGAGCGAGGUCAGACCAAAUCAGCUUUGACGAUGGCUGAAGGGUCGAUUCUUGCGUCAAGAACAGGAAUCACAUCUGUCACAGAUUUCCGGAUCUCAGACCAAGCAGCUGGUCGACAGGGCGCACCUUUGAUCGCAUUCUUCGACUCACUAGUUCUUCAUCACCCUACCAAACUUAGAGCAUGUCAGAAUAUCGGUGGCAUAGCGAAUGUCUGCUUCAUUCCCCCGGAUAAGGAAGGCAAAUUGAACCCAGACUUUUUCGACUUUGACACGGGCCCGGGCAACGUCUUCAUUGAUGCGGCAGUGCGAUACUUUACCAACGGAGAGCGCGAGUACGACAAGGAUGGCGAGAUGGGCGCUGCAGGGACCGUGGAUCAGGAGAUGGUGGACAACUUCCUGCAAAAUUUCCCGUAUUUCAACCUUGAACCACCAAAGACCACAGGCCGCGAGGUGUUCAGGGAUACCAUUGCGCACAGACUGAUCGAAGAAGGCAAGGCCAAGGGACUGUCAGCAAACGACAUUGUCGCAACAAUAACUCGCAUCACUGCGCAAGCCAUUGUCAACCAUUACCAGAGAUAUAUGCCACAGCAGUACGGGCCUCUUGCAGAAAUUUUCAUGUGCGGUGGCGGAGCGAGAAAUCCAAACAUCACGCGAUAUAUGCAAAAAGCUUUCCCUGAUACGCGAAUCGUGAUGCUUGACGAGGCUGGCAUCCCGGCGGAUGCAAAGGAAGCCAUCACUUUUGCAUGGCAAGGAAUGGAGGCAAUUGUGGGACGGAGUAUCCCAGUACCGACCAGGGUGGAGACACAGAGACAGUUUGUGCUUGGGAAGGUCAGUCCUGGUGAGAAUUAUCGCCGGGUUAUGAAGCAUGGAAUGGAUUUUGGCGCAGGGAGCGAACAUUUGGAACCAGUAACGGACUUGGUGAAUUACAUCAGAGGCAAGGUCUUUAACAACAAGUGGUGA